AUGUCUGAGGAACCUUCACUCCCUCGUCUCCCUGCUGUUUCUUGGGACGAGCAAUCGCAGACUUUCAGCAAUAACCCUCGGAAACGCGUCCGCAAUGCCGGCUCCAAGCACGCGCCGUCUUCGGGCUUCAACAACUCAAGUGAUCCCGCCAUAUUCUCCAGUGACGAUGAUCCCGCACUGGACAAUUAUGUAGAGGGCAGGAGAAAGAAGAGAUAUAUUGGUUCUUGGUUUCAACAGCAUCCUACUUCAUCAGACUCUACUUUCAGUGAGAUUCACGUUCCCAAGCAGAGGCGUCAAUGGACGCGACAAGCAGACAGUGGUGUCUAUCUCGGCAGCGAUGGGAAUGAGAGUGACGAUAUGCUAGGUCCCGUACCUGAGAAUCCAAAGCCCAAACUGCCUCAGCUUGAUCGCGUUGUGCGCCGCAUCUCAAGGGCUGAGCAAGUUGCUCGCGAUAAGGUUCGUGCCUGUCUUGACGCGGGGGAAGAGACAGUCGACUUUUGGUCAAUGGGGCUGGAAGACGUCUCCAACGAUACCAUCAGUCCUUUGUCGCAGUUUUCCUGCAUUCCCAUCGUCACUAAGGAUGUCGCAUUCGAGCAAAAGGACCCGGAGCUCAAGAUCUACAUGGCACAGAACCGGCUAACACGGGUUCCUGGUGCCAUGUUCGACUUGACAUAUCUCACUAUCCUCAGUCUCCGCCACAACAAACUCACUGAGAUUCCUCCUAGUAUCGGAAAGCUUCAGCAUCUCAAGGAGCUCAACGUGUCACAAAACCGUUUGAGACACCUGCCUGUUGAGUUAUUAGACCUAUUCGCAUCAGACAGCAAACUUGACACACUUGUUGUGCAUCCCAAUCCUUUCUGGCAACCAAACCGAACACUGCAAGACACUGAGGACAAAUCAGAUAACGUGCUCUUCUCUCACACAGAGGGUGAAAUCUCAUCCGUACCAAAUCUGGUCAGUCGAGCGUUAGGCCGGUCCCCUUCACAGUUGUCGGAUACCGCGGGCCGUAUCUUUUCAGAAUUCAGAUUCCCAACAGAUCACAGGGAACUCAUUUUGCCUGUUGACGAAGGAGAACCCGAGUUCUCACCGUCAUCCUCCGUCUCAUCCAUGACAGAGUCUCAACGCUUGCAAGGAGCAAGCCGCGUGCCAAGUCUUCUCGAGACUGCCCUAAGAGCAUGCUAUUCCAGUACUCAACUUUCAGAAAUGCCAUUUUACAUCCCAGAGGGUCUCAACCAUCUAAGGAGGCUACUAGAGCGUGCACAGCGACAAAAGGAUGCCGGUGGGUGGACUUGCUCACAUUGUCGAAAGAUGAUGGUUAUCCCUACUGUCGAAUGGGUCGAGUGGCGCGAGGUUCGCACCUGUAAGAAGGUCAGCCACGAGGACUCGUCUGCCCUGCGGGUGACACCGCUGAGUAUGGUAGAAGGUGAGAGGAUGAUACCUUUCAUCCGUCGAGGUUGCUCAUGGCGAUGCGGACCGGAAGAGCUGGACAAGAGUAGUUGGGGUCUGCCGAAAGGAAAUCUUGUUCCUGUAACAGUCGAUGAAAAUCAGCAAGCAUAA